CGCUGUUUCUUGUCUUCAUAUUGUACUUCCGGAACUGCGCAAAGCAAGUCAGCUGACUGUCCGCAGGGUAGUUUUGCUGCUUGUACCAAGGGUUGUGGACGACAGCAAACCAUUUACUAGCGAAGAUCUGAAUAUUUGCGGAGAAUCUGAGAGCGUUUUCCUGUCGCUUGCACAAUGAGUGCUGGCACCCCUAAAUCGCUACCAUCAUCCGGGCAGAAAUCCAUUCAAGAUAUUAGCCACCCUCUUUCUGCUGAGGACUCCGCUCUCACACCCAGCCCCGAUUUGGGAAACACUAUCAGCAGCAUUGGGGAGAAGGACCUGAGUCUGCCCAACGGCACGCCCGUGGACACCUCCAGCCCUGCGUCCUCCUCCUCUCUGCUGAACCGGCUGCAGCUGGACGAUGACCUGGAUGGAGAAACGCGCGACCUGUUCGUCACUGUCGACGACCCCAAAAAACACGUCUCCACCAUGGAGACCUACAUCACGUACAGAGUCAGCACAAAGACCUCCAGGACCGAGUUCGACCUACCAGAGUACUCUGUGCGCCGGAGAUACCAGGACUUUGAUUGGCUACGUAUCAAACUAGAAGAGAGUCAACCCACACAUCUCAUUCCUCCCCUCCCAGAGAAGUUUGUGAUGAAGGGCGUAGUGGACAGGUUUUCGGAAGAAUUUGUGGAGACCAGAAGGAAGGCCUUGGACAAAUUUCUGAAGCGGGUCGCAGACCACCCUGUUCUGUCAUUUAACGACCACUUAAACGUCUUUCUGUCGGCAAAGGAUCUGAAUGCGUAUAAGAGGCAAGGCCUGGCCCUGCUGACCAAAAUGGGCGAGUCGGUGAAGUACGUGACCGGAGGGUACAAGCUGCGGGCACGGCCUCAGGAGUUCGCUGCUAUGGGGGAGUACCUGGAUGUGUUCACGCAGAAACUCGGCACUAUCGACCGGAUUGCACAGCGCAUCAUCAAAGAGCAGUCGGAGUACCUGGUCGAGCUGCGGGACUAUGGGCCAGUGUAUUCUGGCUGGGCCUCCUCUGAGGGAGAGCUUCAGGAGCCACUGGACGGCGUGUCGGGGUGCGUGUCCAACUGCUCCACUGCCCUGGAGGAACUCACCGAGGACAUGAGCGAGGACUUCCUGCCUGUGCUACGCGAAUACGUGCUCUACAUCGAGUCCAUGAAGAACGUCCUGAAGAAGAGGGAUCAGGUUCAGGCCGAGUACGAGGCGAAGCUCGAGGCUGUGGCCUUUCGGAAAGAGGAGAGGACAGGCGUGCCCACGGACGUGGAGAAGUGUCAGGAUCGAGUGGAGUGCUUCAACGCCGACCUGAAGGCCGACUGGGAUCGCUGGCAGAACAACAAGAGGCAGGACUUCAGACAACUGCUUACCGGCAUGGCCGACAAGAACAUCCAUUACUACGAGAAGUGCCUUGCAGCUUGGGAGUCCAUCAUUCCAUUACUACAGGAGAAGCAAGACCCCAAAACAGACACGAACUGAGAAUGAAAACUGCCCAACCUACCCUCCCCCAGCCGCACCCCUCUUCCCCCCCCCCCCCCCCACCACACCAGGCCUCCACUCAGGUGUGACACAUUACACACUUCUCUCUGGCGGAGCAGAAAGCCCUGUGAGUUGUGGAUUGAGGGCGACACGGACUCGUCAAUGACUGCAAGUAUUUUAGUCUUUUUUUUUUUUUUUUUUAAGUGUUUAUAUAUUUGUGAGCCCCUCCUGAACCACCAUCCUGACAUGCGGCUGUAGCAAGGUGGACCUACCCCCUCCCCAACCCGAAAACUCUUGAGCACAGAGCCCUAAACCAACCAUGCACUGUGGGCCCUCCACUUUACCCAUCAUGCACUGCAGGGACCAUGGGGCAAGCAGGAGCACCCAAAGGAAGACAAAGAACUAAUCUGCAGUUUUUUUUUUUUGGGGGGUUUUGGACUAGCACUAAUUUGUAGAUGAAUUCAUUUGUGCUGCAAAUAAUUCUUUUGUAAAUAAUGUUGGCCCUUGUAAAGGAAGAAAACACAAAUCUGACUUGGUUACAAUAUGUUAUUUUUCAUUUCACUUAAUGAUCAUGAGCAUCAGGAAAAGUGCAAUGUUACGGCCAAAGAUUCAGAGAAAGGGUUUGUUUGUUUAUUGUAUUGUUUAACUUCAAUUUCAGUCCUUUAUAUAUUGAUGUCAUUAAAAUGCUGCCUGCCUCUGAAUUCUGGGAAAGUAUCUUUAACAAAGAGGUUCAUUUCAAGCUUCACUGCUCAAGGCGAUACUGACCUGGUGACUUUGGUAAGAAACAGUGUGUUACUCCUCACUUCUGAGGAGGCUCUAAUCACUUCCUGGAUAAAUAUUUUAACAUUUUAAAAAUAAAUUAAUUUUUUCAAUUUUC